AUGGAACCAAGAUCAAGAGAAACUACUCCUACAAAAGAGGAUUUGGAUUUUAUAGUUGAUGAUGGUUAUAGUCAUGAUGAGGAUCCAGAUUAUAUUCCCAAUGAAAAAUAUCUUGUUAGUGGAAAAGAGUUUAAAAAGUUAACCCGAAAUGCUAAAAAACUAGGUGCUGAAUCGCUUGAUUAUUCAACACGAAAAAAUAAUAAAUACAUGGCAACACUUUCAAGUGGAAAGAAAGUUCAUUUUGGUUCGCCAAAAUAUCCAGACUACACUAUUCACAAAGACAAAGAUCGACGAGAUAAAUAUCUCGCUAGAGCUAAAAAGAUAAAAAAUAAACAGGGGGAGUUAACUUAUACUAAUCCUGAAUCUAGUAACUAUUGGUCAGUUCAUCUACUCUGGCCAGAAAAAAAGUGAAUUAAAGAUUUGAUAAAAAUAUAAUAAAAUGAGUUCAAAUGGUAUUGUUGGUUUUACUAGUCCAUCUAAUGAUAUUGAUUUAGCUGGUAAAAAAUAUGUUAAUAGUAAUUAUGUUGAUAAUUUUAACGAAAAACUUAUAAAAGUUUUAGAAGAAGGAUUAAAAGAAAUUUCAGAAAGAUUAUAUUCUAUAGAAGUCACAAUUGAAAAUAAAAUUAUGGCUUAAGGAUUAAAUUAUUAUAAUAAAAAAUGCAAUUGUCAACUUACGAAAAUUUAACCCCAGAGAAUAUUGUUUUUAAUGAAGCCAAAGAGUUUAAAGUAAAAACUAGCAAAAUUAAAUACAAACGUAUUCCAAUUGAAGUUAAAUAUCAAAAUGGAAAGAAAGGUCCACUUGUAAUCGAAACUCCAGUUCUUUUCUCUUUUGGAGUAAGUGAGAAGAAAAACCAAGAAACAAACAAGUUAGUAGGUUAUAGUAUACCAGUAUGUCUUUGGGCUAAAGGUAGUGAGCCGAAUACUAAAGAAAAAGCAUUUUUUGAUGUUAUUAACAAUAUAACAACCAUCUCUCAGCAACAUCUAGAGAAUGAGUACGGUGCAGAUCUAGCAUCAACUCUAUCUUCACCAUUUUAUUACAAACAGGAAGAAUAUACGGAUAAGAAAGGAAAGAAGAAAACAAGAGUAGAUCCAUCAUCAUCACCAGUUCUUUAUGCAAAACUGAUUUACUCUGAGAAAUCUAAGAAAAUUCUUUCACUAUUUAAAACAAAAGGAAAGAAGGAUUUAAAUCCUUUUAAAUAUAUCAAUCAGUUCUGCAAUGUUAAAAUGGCUUUGAUUGUUGAAGGAAUCUUUAUAAGUAAGACUGUAACAUCUUUACAAAUAAAAGUACAUGAGUGCUUUGUCAAACCAUUAAAACCUAGAGAGUCUUUACUAACAAUUGAAGAGGAAGAAGAAGAGGAAGAGAGUGAGGGUGAUUAUACAAAAGAUGGUCUUGAAGACUUACUUUCAUCUGAUAAAGAAGAAAAUGAGUAA